GCAGCUGACUUCACGACCCUCUCGCGGAGUCGGUGCGCCCGCGGUUGCGAUCGCAGAGCGGGAAAUGUAGGCGCGUCUCGUCUCUGCCCGCCCGUUUCACCCCGUUCGCCGUCCAGCCGUUGCAUCUCUCGGCUCUCGCGCAUAUUUCUCCACCAGAGCCGUUCUCGCGCCGCGCCGUUCGAGCGACCUAACCUCACCAAACUGCCAGACGGAACGAGCGGACAGCGACGGGGGGGACCUCGGCGCCGCGUAGCAUUACGUGGACGUAGUAUUUCUGUCGACCUCAAAAUCCCCGGCGAUUCUUGCAAGGGUAUGAGGAACGAUCCGUAUCACGGCAACCGCGCUGAGAGACUACCAGGUACAAGUUAACUUGAUUUCUCUCUGCUAUGGAGAAUCAAGGUUACCACCAUCAGGCUCUGCCAAGUCAUCAGUCUUUCUGGAAGAAGAACACGCGAGCUGUACCGGGAAGACCGAGCCUGAAACAGGACACCAGACACGGCAAGUUUAAUUCCACGGUUGGAUCCAGCAAUCUGGUUGGUGCCGCUAACAGCAGUGGCGGCACGAGUGGCAGUGGUGGCUCCACUUCCUUCCAGGACUUUCAGGAGAGCGUGGACGACGCAUGGGACUCGGGUGACGACGAAUUCUGCACGGUAUCGGAGGUGAAGAUAUCGAAGAGGGUCAGCCACUCGGCGGCCCUCAGCGUUAUCAACAGCCACAGGUCUGGUAAUAAGUGUCUGGAGCAAGCGAGUGUCAAAGCGGUUCAGCAAGAGAUCAUCCCUGAAGAGAAGAAGGUGGAGGCUCUCCAGAGACUGGCAGUGCAGCCGUUACACCUGCGUAACGUCAAUCUGCACUCUCAGGUGAACAACAGUCAGCAUUCCGGCGAGGACGCUGACGUGAGGUACGGCAUCUCGCCGCAGCACAGGCCAACGCAGUUCCCCGGUAGGCCGCAGCCGCUCAGGCAGCCGAGCGCUCCCAGCAAAUUUUUUGUACCCUCGAAGGAGCAAGAUGGCGAGAGUAAGGUUGAUAAGUUCCAGUUGCUCUUGGAAGCAUCUGUACUGAACUUGGACGAGCUCAGGCAGUUGUCUUGGUCUGGCGUGCCCGCGAAAUUGCGCUCCGUUACGUGGAGGUUGUUAUCUGAGUACCUGCCGGCCAAUCUGGAGCGCAGGCAGCCCGCGUUGGAACGCAAGCGGCUGGACUACUGGAACCUGGUGAAGCAGUAUUACGAUGUCGAGAGGGACGAGGGCUUUCAGGACACGUAUCGCCAGAUCCACAUCGAUAUCCCGCGGAUGUCGCCGCUCAUCUCGCUGUUCCAGCAGACGACGGUGCAGCUGAUAUUCGAGAGGAUACUGUACAUUUGGGCAAUCAGGCACCCCGCAUCCGGCUACGUUCAGGGUAUGAACGACCUGGUGACGCCUUUCUUUCUCGUGUUUCUGCAAGAAGCGAUACCCAUACAGGCGUGGCAGGACCUGGAGAACUACGACGUAGCGUCGCUGUCGAAGGAGCAGCGCGACAUCAUCGAGGCGGAUAGCUUCUGGUGCCUGUCGAAAUUCCUCGACGGUAUACAGGACAACUACAUAUUUGCUCAAUUGGGGAUCCAGCACAAAGUCAAUCAACUGAAGGAGCUGAUACAAAGGAUCGAUGCGCCGUUGCAUCAACACUUGCAUCAGCACGGAGUGGAUUACCUGCAGUUCUCGUUCCGGUGGAUGAAUAACUUAUUGACCAGAGAGAUCCCACUUCACUGCACCAUCCGGCUGUGGGACACCUACCUGGCGGAGUCCGACAGAUUCGCCUCGUUUCAACUCUACGUGUGCGCGGCCUUCCUCCUACGCUGGAGGCGACACUUGCUGUCGCAACCUGAUUUUCAAGGGCUGAUGUUAAUGCUACAAAACCUGCCCACGCAAAAUUGGACGGACUCGGAGAUCGGCGUGCUGGUGGCCGAGGCGUACAAACUGAAGUUCACGUUCGCGGACGCACCGAAUCACCUGCAGGCUCACGACACGACGACCAGGUGACCGUUUCCAAACGGUCUGGGUUAACGUUACUACGACGAACGAUAGUGGCCAAACACCGACCGGAGCGACCGGCGAUACCGUGUGUUGUCGCGCGCCGGUUCGGCUCUUCCGUCUCACCGUUGCUACUGCGACGUUCAUCAGUCUAUCACGGCCAUACCGAAAGUCCCCGGGACGCGCGGUCUCCCGUGUUUCGCUCCUGCGUCGACGUAAGUUAGGUCUCCUCGAUUAUCCAGUGCGUUAUAGAGUCUAUCAUUUCGUUGGAGGAUCCUUGCGGACGGACAGAUGGAUUAUAAAAGGUUAGAAGAUAUAUAUAUAUAUUAUGUAUUCUGCCACUCGCGCGCGGCGAAAUGAAGUGUAAAGUGCGGUUCAAGACGAAUCGAAGAAUGUAACGUGAAUCAAUUGCCAUUUCCCGGUUUGCAUUACAUUUUUAUAUAUAUAAUAAAUAUGAGAAUAUGAUAUAUAUAUA